AUGAACAUAUCGUCGCCUACGGAAAAUUUCAGAAAAUUACAAGCAGCCCAAAAAUCACCAGAUGCAAACUACACCGACAAUGAACUGGAAAAUGGCACGAACCCGAGCAAGUCUGGGGCGGGUCCUUUGCGAAAGGCUGGAUCUGGCCCUGGAAGAAAGCCCAAGGCAUGCCUGGAAUGCAAAAAAUUGAAAAUGAAGUGCGAGAUAUUCCCUGGUGAUCGCAAAUGUCGACAUUGUCUGAGACGGAAGGUUGAUUGCAUCAUCAAACGUACUUUUAUGGCGCAACUCCAUUCUGAUGACCCGAAAGAUGACAGGCCUUUCGAUUUUGAUGGAAAGAUUGAUGCAAUGCGAGAGGAAAUAAAGCAAAUGAAACAGUCCUUGGAUGCCGUUUUAGGCAAGGCCGGAGGGCUUUCACACGUUCAGAACACAUCCCACGCUUCACCAAACAUCCCAAGCAGCAAGGUCGGUUCCAGGUCACCCGAAGAAAAGCAAGCAAGUUCGACUCCGGUUAAACAGUCGCCCUCACGGCUAACUUCUACGCGGAAAAGGGGGGAUCAGGACACUAACACGAGGCUGGAAAUGGCCAGGGAAGAUUCACCAAAUCCUGUCUCCGAAGAUGAUCAGCAAUACGGGCCUGAAACGUUGGAAGAGCCAAUGGGCAGCCUUUACCAGGUGACACGACUGAAGAAUAUCCGGAACAAUCAAGCCAACAAUGUACUUCCACAUUCGGCGGAACAGGACACUUUGGACGACUUCAUCUCUCGGGGGGUCAUCUCGGAAGAACAGGCAGAAGGGCUGUAUAAAAUUUUUCAGAAAACACUAAACCACUACCUUUGGGUUGGCAUCGAGGAAAUCCACUCAUCAUGGACUUCCGUACGGAGGUCUUCGGAGCUUCUGGCGGCUACGAUUCUCACCGUAACAGCACUUCACCUUCCGGAUUCAGCUGACACCUUUGAUGCCUGCUACAACGAGUUUCUUUCGCUAGUGUCAUCCUCCAUGUUUUCACGAUACCAUUCCGUCGACGACGUCCGGGGCUUAUGCAUCUCAGCUUUCUGGCUGUCGGAACAUUCGUGGAAGCUGACUGGCCACGCAAUUCGAAUCGCGACUGAGCUUGGCAUCCACCAAUCAUUUAUACUCGCUCUUGAAGGCGACAAAAGCCACUUUCUGAAGGCAAGGUUAUGGUACAUGCUGUACGUGUGCGACCGUCAUUUCAGCAUUGCAUACGGGCGCCCUCCGACAGUAAUAGAAAGCACGCAAAUCCGACAAUUCGAGCUGUUCCGCGCUAGUCCUUUCUCCAGCGUUCUUGACACUCGAAUACUCAGCCAGGUCAGCCUAAUGCAGAUCCUCACUCAAGUCUACGAACGAUUCUCCGAACGACCCCUGCCGUCAAUCCACCAAGUCCGCACUGCUGGAUACGGUGGCAAUUAUACUACAGCACUCCGAAAAGAAAAUUACGAAGGGUGCUCUGACACCAGGUCGUCUGCCGUGAGCCUCUCCGAGUCUGAUUUCGACACUCUUCGUCGCUUCAACGUCGAAGUUGACCACUGGCGCAUGCGAUGGUACGAAAGACAACCACCGAGUCCAUUCAUCGGACAGUUCACGAACAAAGGCGUCAUCCUAUACUCCUACUUUGCGAAGCUUCAAAUCAACGCCCUUUCGAUCCGCGGUGUAUCCAUCAACUCGAACAAGAUGUCGACCGAACGCAAGGAGUUCGCCAACAUGGCCAUCUCGGCGGCUUCGAGCAUCCUCACUUUGGUACAAGAGGAGGGGGAUUUGCGAAGAGCACUGGUCGGGACGCCCUUGUACGUGCACACCAUGAUUGCGUUCGCCAGCGUGUUUCUCAUGAAGGUUGCGACGAAAUGGGACCGCAUCAUGGGGUUGAACAUCGAGUACGCGAACGUGUCGCACCUUUUGGAGAAAAUGGUCACGGUGUUGAAAGAGGCAGUCACGUCUGAUCGCCACAUGCUGAAGCACAUCGGGCAAGGGUUGGAAAAGAUGCUGAUGCGUAUGUGGACAACGCGGAAACAGGAGGCGGAAAGACAGGUCGUCAACGCGAAUGCGGGCUAUGGCAGCGGGACUGAGCCAGUCUCUUACGGCUGGCAGUUUCUGUCAACUGGUCAAGUCGGCGAAGAGGCACAAUCAAAAGUCCUGGAAGCCGCAGAACCCGGUUUGGCUGAGACACAAGUUCUGAACCAGAGCUGGGAUCCUAAUGCUUUUUCUCAGCAGGAAAGCACAGAGACAGAGCUAGGUGGAGGUCUCUUUGGGGAUGACCUGACUGGUAUGAACGAGGCGUUUAUGUAUCAGGCGUUUGGAACCGGAUCAGCAGGUGAUGUGUAUAACAUGUUGUCAAGUCAGUUUCUCUACUAG